CUAACACCAAAACUGCAAAAGUUUAAUCCUUAGAACGUAUAUUUCUGUGUGUUCUGGCUUGUCGCUGGAAUGGCUGGACCUUUUUUGACGGGGAUUUCACUCAGGUAGAUAAUGUAAUAAGGCGUAAAUUAGAUACUUUUAUAACGGACUAAAAAAAAGAAGGUAUCUAUUUAAAUUUAUCUUUAGGUUAACAGUCUUUUAAUUAAAGAGUUUUUAAUUCAAAGGGCAUUUUAUUGAAGUAGUUUAAUGGCGAGGGCAUUGUUUUAAAUUAGUUGAUAUAUAUGCUUUGUGGCAUGCUUUACAAGAACUAAGAUGAAAGGGAACUCCAUUAUGUGAGCUGUUUUUUUUUAUUUGGACCUUGCUUGAUGAGAGUAAAAUGUAGUGCUAUUUAAUUGAACUUAAAUUUCAAAAACCAUUUCUUAUACUUAUAAUCAUAUGAAAAUCCUAAUUAAAAUAAGGUUAUUUGGGUCGCCUUUCCUUCUUUAUAGAAGACUUAAUUAUGGACAUCUACCAACUUUCUUAAAUAUGUAAUUUUAGGAGGUAAAAUUGGACGAGGUGUACAGAUCUUAAAAUGUUUUGAUCGAAUAGUAAGUAUAAUAUUAAGACCGUGAUCAUAUAUUCUUUACUUUGCUUGACGUUUCGGCCAUAUUGCGCUGGCGUGCUCACAGGUUGGUCAAAAUUAGAAGAGCAAAACUUAUGUUACAAAAGUAUGGUCGGUUAACAUUAGUAAUAUUAAUUUGGUAAAAUUAAACUUUCUAAUAAGAAUAAAUUAAGAACCAAACUUAGUUUUAACAAAUAUGCGAAAACUGAACAAUCAUAACCAAUACGUACUAUAGUCUAUAAUAUAUCCACUUCUGUGAUAAUAGCAAUAAAUUUAAUAAAUUGAUGGUUUUGUUGGUCUCUACCUGUUUAAUUUUUCUUGAAACCGUGUAAAACAGACAAAAUAAGUCGUAUUAAAUCAUAUGACAUUUAACAGAUGGCGCUGUUAGUGAUUGACCGUAAUUUUUAGGCAGAUUAGUACAGGUUAUUUAACUAUUUUUAAUAAAAUUUUUGGUUAAUGUUAACAAAAGUGAAGACGUUAGCUAAAUCAGCCCAUAAAAAGAUUAUAAUGUUCAUUACCCAUUAGCCAUUAUGUCAAUUGUCAUUGUCAAAACCGUAUUUAAAUACUUACAUUACAAAAAUAUAUCAACACAGUAAUAUUCACAAUGCACACUUAAUAGAAAAUUUUUGACUUAAAUUGUAAUAAAAAACAAAAUUAGAAUUAAUUUCGAUAAGUAAAAUUAUCAAGCUGCUAUGGACACUUCCAAUAAAAACUUGAAACGCUUUAAGAAAAUUCCCAUUUACGUAGUAGAGGAACAUAACGACGCAUUGCAAUUUAUAUAUUCCGCGAUCGGUGGCAAUAAGUUACCCGUAGAAGGCACAACCUUAUUGCAUCUAGAUGCGCACCCAGACAUGCUCAUAGAUCGUAAAUUAAAAGGCAGUGAAGCUCGAUCGGGGAGAAAGCUAUUGCCUUUGUUGCAAAUAGAAAAUUGGAUAACACCAGCGGCCGCCGCCGGCCACAUCGGACGGGUGGUGUGGAUGCGACCACCGUGGGCGAAACAAUUCACCGACGGAACUCGCAUCAUUCACGUCGGAGAUCACCCCGACACUGGUCUCAUUCGUGUGGACUGCAAGGAAUCUUAUUACAUGUCCGACGCUUUGUACUCCGCCGAGUUGAACAAUAAAAAGAAAUUCAUAUUCACCGUAGCAGAACUCGCCGAUAAUAAUAUAGACGGCAUCGCAACGCUGUCACAAUCACUGGGCAUAACUGAGCCAUAUGUACUGGACAUAGAUUUAGAUUUCUUCAGCACGGGGAACCCAUUCCUCGAUCUGUACAAAAAUAUUCAACUAUAUGAUCGACUGGAGCCAAUAUUCUCGUUCAAAAUGCCGUCCGAUACUGACGACCUUACCUUACAGAGAUUCAACGAAACGAGAGAGAAUCAACUCGACGAAUUAGAAAAUAUGUUUGCGUGUUUAGAAAAAUAUGGGAAUUUACAAAAAUACAGAGGACCAAAAACGGAAUUGUAUGAAAAGGUCUGCGGUUUGUUUGAGGUUGUGAAAGCUGAGGCUGAUAGACUCGGGGAACCACCGGAUUGGUGGGCAGUGUUCGCUGGCGGCUGUACCAGAGACCAGGGCGGUCUGCCUUACAACAUAACAACUGAAGAAGAAAUACAGAAAACUGUGGAGAACACUCUGAAACCUUUCCUGCUAGAAAUACCGCGACCUGUUCUAAUAACAGUAGCGAGAUCCACGGACGACGGCUAUUGUCCGCCGCAUCAAGUGGAUUUCAUACAGUCCCUAGUAUUAAAGACUCUACAAGAAGUGUACCAAACUGAUAAGCCUGUGAUGCACUAUUUAGAUAAUAAUUAAAUUUACACGUUUUUUUUUAUUAAAAUCUUUGCCUUUCAA